AAUAGCAAACUUGAAGAGUGGUUGAGCUCAGAUAAGACUUCUGCUACUUCUGCCUCUAUCUCCGGUGUCAGCUCAAACAUUCUCCGCAAUAUAGUUUCUCUUGGAUGAUUAGUUUCACUGACACUGAGGCUCAAAAAUCCAAGUAAACAAAUUUCGCUCAACUUCAGAGCCAUAUUCUUCCCCUCAAAAAAACUGACAACAGGAUGAAGAGAGAAAAGCGACUUAAAAGCUUUAAAGUGAGUAAUUUGGAGGUACACAGCACCAUUUUGUUUCAACGCCAUCGAGGGGAUUCAUCAGUGGGAUUUUCAAAUGAAAAUGGAGGAUAUGGCCCUUUCAGGCCCAGACAACACCAGGCUGGAGGCCUUGGUCCACGAUAUCUACUCUGAGCUGGUGGAGGAUGCUUGCCUGGGCCUUUGCUUUGAGGUGCAUCGCGCUGUCAAGCAUGGCUACUUCUUCCUAGACGACACCGACCCGGAGAGCGCCAAGGAAUUCGAGAUUGUAGAUCAGCCAGGACUGGACAUCUUCGGCCAGGUGUACAACCAGUGGAAGAACAAGGAGUGCGAGUGUCCCAAUUGCAAGCGGUUGAUCGCCGCGUCCCGCUUUGCGCCGCACUUGGAGAAGUGCCUGGGCAUGGGGCGCAACAGCAGCCGGAUCGCCAGCCGCAGACUGGCCAGCAACAACAACAACGUGAGCAAGUCAGAGAGCGACCAGGAAGAUAAUGAUGACCUGAAUGACAACGACUGGUCGUACGGUGCAGAGAAGAAAUCUAAGAAGAGAAAGUCAGAUAAGAAUCAGAAUUCACCUCGACGAUCCAAAUCUCUAAAGCACAAAAAUGGUGACUUGAGCAGCAGCGUCACUUCCGAAGCUUUCAAGUACAACAACUACAACAAUGCUGGCAUCAGUUACGAAACUCUGGGACCCGAGGAAGUCAGGUCGCUUCUGACCACGCAAUGUGGGGUGAUCUCUGAGCACACCAAGAAGAUGUGCACCAGGUCUCAGCGGUGUCCCCAGCACACGGACGAGCAGAGGAGGAGCGUCAGGGUGUUCCUCCUGGGGCCGUCCGCGUCGUCCCUACCUGACGCCGACGCUACGGUGGAGGCUGACAUGUUUGAGCUUCAAGGGGACGGCAGCGGGGCCCAGAGUCUCAUCAGCCGCCUGCAGUGGGAAGACUCGCCGGAGAUUUCACCCACUGACUCUGCCUCAUCCAGAGCCAGCACCAACCAUUCGGACCCUCGCAGGCCCAAGAAGAAAAAGCGAACCUCGCUGGUUUUGAACAGCACGGCAGGAGGAGGAGGAGGAGGAGGAGUCAGCGGCGAAGGAACAAGCGGAAGUCUAACAAGUGGCAGCAAUGGCGGCGUCUCGCAGAGUAACGUUAGCUUGCCUGCCAAGAAAAAGCGCCCCAAACUUCCUGCUCCUUCUAUUUCCAGUAUCUACGAUGACUUGAACUAGCACCAGAGGACACCCCUCCACCCCGUCGUCUCUCCGCCAACUUGACAGAAAGUGUCGGGAUGAUGUGUUCAGGUGCACUAAAAACCACACACACACACACACACACACACACACACACACACACACACACACACAUUCCUCUGCUCUGUACUGCUGUGUGUAUUCCAGGUGAAGUGCGACUGGUGUAUACGGUAUUUUCUUUAAAUAGUGGCCUGUCUAACUCUGUCCUGCCAGUAAACACCGUAGCCCAAAAGACAUUAAUGCCUCCCUCCAAUUCUACCGUACCCCAAAAGACAGACACAUUGACGCCCCCAACAUAUUCCCAAAAGACAAACCGAUGCCUUAAUAAUUGGCGCCAUAUCCCAACACCCCGUAACCCAAGACAAAUCCAAAUAGAACAGAUUGACGCCUCCCUCCAUUGGACCCUGUACCCCAAAAAGCUGAAGCCUCCCUCCAAACAAGAACAUAGACGCCGAAUCCCAAAAGAUUAAACGGUGCACCCCAAGACAAAUCGAAAAAGACAAGCAUCUCUCUUAACAGCUGCCACACCACCAAAAAAAUAUACACCUCGUUCCAAUCAAGGCAUACCCCAAAAGUUUAAGGCCUUCUUCCAGAAGACGCCAUUCCCCAAAUGACUGACGUGAUGGCUCCACAAUAAUCACUAUUAGGGAAACAUGCUACUUUUGUAUACUUGUGACAUAUGUUUUGAGUUUUGUCAAGAUCAUGAUUACCUAAUUCUUUAAUGUAAAGGAUCGAAAUGGUCACUUGUGACAUGGUAUCAUACAUGGCGUGCUUUUCACACACACACACACACACACACACAAACACACACUUUGUAUUUGCACAUUUAACUGUAAUGGUGGUAAUGGACACGGUAAACUCACAUAUUUGAAAUCUAAUUGUGUAUAUUUUUAUAGUCCUGUGAAGUUUUGUAAAGUGAUCUUUUUGUGAUGUGAGCUCUAAAUAUCAAGAAAUGUAAAAAAAAACAUUUUACCAGCGCUGUCCUGGUUACUGAUGUUUGUAAAUAAACAAAGUGGGAAGUUU